GCCCGGGCUCCUGUGCGGCGGCUCCGCUCCCGCCUGGGCCGCGGCCGCGCGCCCUCCCUUCGGGGAGGAGGAAGAGGAGGGAGGAGGAGCGGCCUGAGGAGGGCCGAGCGCGGCAGUCGCGCCGCCGCCGCCGCCGGGAGGAAACGGAGCCGGCGGCUGCAGGGUUUUCAUUGUGUAUGGGGGAAUGGUAGUAUGCUCAUCAGAUUUUUGUCAACUGGACACAAGCUACAGUUAUUUGGGAAGAGGAACUCUAAAUUGAGAAAAUGCCUCCAUAAGGUUUGCCUGUGGAAAAUAGCUCCAGAGGUUAAAUGAAGCUGGGCAGAGUUCAUCCAUGAAGCAUCACAGCCCCUCCCGAUGUUUGGGGAUAGUUGCUCCAGAGAGAAAUUGACCCGUUUGAAUUAGGUAACUAGUCACAAUGAAGAAAAUUAGUUUGAAAACCUUCCGGAAAUCUUUCAACCUGAGUAAAAGCAAAGACGAAACCGAGUUCAUGGUGGUUCAGCCCCAGUCCCUCGCUGGCGACUUCGUGAAAGAUGACUCCUUAUUCGGGAGCUGCUAUGGCAAGGACAUGGCCAGCUGUGACAUUGGCAGUGAGGAGGAGAAAGGGAAGAACAGGUCCAAAAGCGAAAGCCUGAUGGGCACCUUGAAGAGGCGAUUGUCCGCCAAGCAGAAGGGCAAGGGCAAGGGCGGGACUGCACCCACAGAUGAGGACACCUUCUCCUCGGCUUCAGCGCCCGGGGGCCUCAAGGACGUGCGUGCCCCACGGCCCAUCCGUUCUACAUCAUUGCGCAGCCACCACUACAGCCCCACACCCUGGCCGCUGAGGCCCACCAGCUCGGAGGAGACAUGCAUCAAGAUGGAGAUGCGGGUGAAGGCCCUGGUGCAUGCUGCCAGCCCAGGCCCUGUCAACGGUGUGCGCAAGGAGCUGCGGGAGCUGCAACCCAAGGAGCUGCGGGACCUGCAGCCCAGGGAGCUAAGGGACCUGCAGCCAGAGCCACGCCCUGAGUCCCGCUGCAGCCCUGGUUCACCCGGGGACCUGCGCCUCCAUCUGGAGGAACACGUGCCUGUAGUUAUCGGACUCAUGUCUCAGGACUACCUUCAGUACACCGUGCCUUUAGAAGACGGGAUGUGCCCUCUAGAAGGGCCGCGCAACUGCUGCCUGGACACGUCCUCGCCCAUGGAGGUGUCGGCCGUGCUGCCAGGGGCCAGCGCCUUCUCUGAAGACGACAGUCAGGUGGACCAGGACCUGGUUGUAGCCCCGGAGAUCCUUGUGGAUUCUUCGGUGAACAACUUGUUGAUUGGCACCACAGGAGUCAUGUUGCAGAACCCUAGAGCAGGUCAUGACGAUGCCCCUCCCCUCUCACCAUUGCUACCUCCAAUGCAGAAUAACCCAAUCCAAAGGAACUUCAGCGGCCUCUCAGGCCCGGACAUGCACAUGGCCGAAAGCGUGCGCUGUCAUUUGAAUUUCGAUCCCAACUCUGCACCUGGGGUUUCAAGAGUUUAUGACUCGGUGCAGAGCAGUGGGCCCAUGGUUGUGACAAGUCUUACGGAGGAGCUGAAGAAGCUUGCAAAACAGGGGUGGUAUUGGGGUCCUAUCACACGCUGGGAGGCAGAGGGGAAGCUGGCAAACGUGCCUGAUGGUUCUUUUCUUGUUCGGGAUAGUUCCGAUGACCGCUACCUUUUAAGCCUGAGCUUUCGUUCCCAUGGUAAAACACUUCACACUAGAAUUGAGCACUCAAAUGGUAGGUUCAGCUUUUACGAACAGCCAGACGUAGAAGGGCAUACAUCUAUAGUUGACUUAAUUGAGCAUUCAAUCAGGGACUCUGAAAACGGAGCAUUUUGUUAUUCACGGUCACGGUUGCCUGGAUCUGCGACUUACCCGGUCAGACUGACUAACCCAGUGUCCCGGUUCAUGCAGGUGCGCUCUCUGCAGUACCUGUGCCGCUUCGUCAUACGUCAGUACACCAGAAUAGACCUGAUUCAGAAACUGCCUCUGCCAAACAAGAUGAAGGAUUAUUUGCAGGAGAAGCACUACUGAGAGAUUAGGAGCCCUGCUUCUUGCACUUUGGGGUUCAGAAACAAGACUGGAGUACAGUUUACAGACUUACAUCGCCAUUGAAGUCUUUGCUGCCAUAACUGUUUUAGUUUUUAUGUCUGAAAGGGUCAUCAAUUUGUUCAGGGCUGGGGAAGUGUUUGCAAGGUGUCUUGAGUUUAUUUUGAUUCUUUGGAAAGGGUUGUCUUGAGUCUUGAGGAUCUAGAAGUGUGAGUUAUCUUUAAGAAUAAUCACAAUGUGAAUGACCAGAUUCUCCCUAAUGCCCCCCCCCCCAGUUCUUUGCUGCUAUCCACUGUGAUUCUUAUGCAUUAAAGCACAUUUCAUGUGUGUUCAACCCUAAGUAAAGUUGAAUGAAACGUACAGAAUAAAAAUUGCUAUGACGUUAAAUGGCCCAGUUGAAUAAAUGUGUGGGAUAAAACAUAUUUACAUAUACACUGAAAAAUGAUUUUUUUAAGUCUCACACUUUAAAAAAGAUUUAUUCAGAAUUCUGAAUUGACACAGUCUUGGUUAAUGGAAUGUAAAUCUGCAUCAUAUCUUGUACAACACUUUUCUAAAUUAUUUUCUAAGGAUGUGAUAGUUGUUUUGAAUUUUUCUGUUGCCUUCGUUUUCAUCUUGUGGUUUGUCUCUUUUGAUAAAUGGCCUUACAUUAAAAAUUGUAAGCAAAUAUAUACCCAAUUUAAAAAUUGUUGCCUUUUCUGUCAUUAAACUCGGGUACAAAUUGGCAUAACUUAAAGCCCUGUAAAGCCCAAACCAUUGUUACAAAAGUGAGAUAACCCUGGUCUCUUGUGAGCAGUGUGUAUGGGUGUGUGUAUGAGAGAGGUUCUUUCAGUUAAAUGUUUGAUCUGUGAUUUCUUUAGUCAAUACUUUUCUCCAUAAACUUGACAAAACAAGUUUCAUAAAUGAGUUGUAUUUUCUUACAUUAAAGUUUAUAUAAAGUUGUAAAUUGAUUUGAAUAGAAAAGUUAUUUUGAAUUUGA